GUCUAUAGACUGGAAUUUAUUUUUAUUUGGAUUGGAUUUUAUCAUAAAACUCUUGCAUUACUUGAAUAUAUUGACAAAAUGUGUUGUAGUUUAUCAUUGGGAUAGUAACAUUAAAUGGAAACUUAAGCUUUCUUAGCAACUCAUAUUUAUAGUAACUUGAUUUCAAACUUUUAUUUAUUCAAUAACAUGUUGUAAACACUAAAGUGUAAAUAAAGUAAAAUUUUGGGUUUUUAACGACACAGCAAUGGAACCAGAUUCAACGACCCAUGAUAGCAAUAUUAGCAACUUGAGUAAAACCGAAGAUACGGAACCUGUUCUGCCAUUUACCACACAGCCAGGUAAUCUACAACUGUACAAGAACUUUAUAACGAAGGAAGGAGAUCAGAGGCUGGAGUAUCAAUUAGUGGAGAGACUGCAAUCAUGUGAAUUAAUACCUAAGAGUGUUAAAUGUAUAGCCGAGGGCCCUAACUGCAAUGUUAUUUGUAGAACAGCCAGAGUCGUUGACAGAGUACAAUGGAUAUGUGAGGGAUGUGGCAAGACUCAGCCGAUUAGAGCUGGGUCCUUCUUUUUCCGCCUGCAAUGUUCCAUAUUACAAACUAUGCAGAUAAUACUGGCUUGGUGUGAGGAUGCAGACGUUGAUGUGGUCGCUGCACAUUUUGGAGUAAAACCGAAGGUAGCGACCCAAAUAUACGACAAACUGGAUGAGAUAGCGAUAAAGGAACAGAGUAAAUGCAAGCUGGGUGGUGAAAACAGUGUGGUUCUAGUGGAAAUGUACCCUGACUGUGUGAACAGACUGUCUCCUGACACUACUGACCAGCCACAUGCACAUAGAAUACUCAUGAUUGCUGAUACUAAUCACAUUCCUACAACUUACUGGCUACACGUUAUGAAAGAUGACAACAAGAAGACUGCAAAUGGCUCCCUUGAUACUCAGGCGUUAGUAGCAGAAAUCGGCGAAGUGCUUAAGGAGGCGGUGGUAGAAGGCUCUGUGAUAGUGACUGGGAACAAUGUACCUGCUGUACCAAACACCUCCUCCAUACAGAAACUGCUGCAGCACUGCGAUAUGGAUAUGCAACGCUUUUUGUCCACUCGCAUCUGGCGCCAAGCAGUGACGUUGUGCUGCGCGUCCCGUUCGCUCUGUACUGCAGGACUGACGGCCGCCGCCUGCGCGACGCUGGUGCAGCGAUACCUCACCACUGCCCUGUACAGGCUGCGACACGAUGACGGCUUCUAUAACAAAGUUCUUAAUACAAUCGUUGCUGAGUAUAAUAAAUGUGAUACAUGAUAUUAUUGCUCCCUAUUUUAAUAGAAAGGGCAAUAGGGCCGCUCCCUAAUGUAGGGAUACAUAACUAGCGACAAUCGUUUAACAUUAUUUUUUGUUAAAGUUCAGUUGACAUCUUCGGGUAACCAAUGAGGGAAUGUUGUUGUAAUUAUUGAUGGUAUGUCCAAAGUAAUUAUUUUAUUAGAAAGAUAUUAUUUUUUGUACCUAGAAUUGUUGUUUCUUUUCGUUUUCAAUGCAGUUGUAAGCUUGAGGUAUUAUUUUUUUAAGAAAUGACUGAUAUGUUUCAGAAUAAUAUUCAAUCAAUAAUUUUAGGAAAUGGAAAAUUAUGUUUAGUGUUAGUAUAGAAUUUAUAGAAUAUUAUAAUGUUACAAAUGUUGAUAUUUGCGGAGUUUCCAGCACUUGUUAAAUUGCAAACCCGUUUUAGUUUUUGGUUGAUUCAUUAUACAUUUUGACAUUUUCGAAUCUUAUUGAUGUUGUGUUUUCUGUUCGAUAUUAUGUUUAUUAACUUAUUCAUUCCCCAAGCGGUCAUUGGUGACUGCUCGACACUAACUUCAUUAUAGACCUUAUUUCGGAUGUUUAAAGACUACUCUUGUAUGAACAAAGUUUGGGGAUAUAUAUUAAGUGAUUUCUUUAAACUUUAUAAAGGACAAUGCUGGUUGCGCUACCAUAUUGUAGUCAUUGCGCUAAAGUUGCGCAAGUUGAUAAUAAUAUGUAUUUGUACUCGUGUUAAGAUAUUAAUGUAGAUUUAAGUCGCAAGUCGUUUAGUGCCUUUAAAACAUUGUUUUCAUAAUAAGUGCCUUGGGUAAGGGCCUACACAGACUUAAGACUUUGACCAACGUACUUGCCCCAACUGUACCAAACAGAUUUUUGUGAAUUAUUCAAUAUACUUUAUAAGGGAUGUUUCAACAAAGAAGUGUGCUUUGUGAUGCAAUCAAGUUCUCAGUGGAUCUUAUCCACAAUAUUGAAUUAAUAUUUGUCCUCUUUAGCAAAAAGUCCUUCGUCUGCGCAAGCCCUGAACGUGAAAUUUUUUGUUUUAUGUGUAUGUUAAUAAAGUUCGUUUUAGUUAAUAAUUAUCGGAUUCUGAUAUGAAAGAGUAUUUACUAUACUCAUUAAAAAUAAUAAUAUGUAUUGUUAAUGAUUCUGUUAUUUCUAUUAAUUCAUUGAUACUUAUGGAAUUAUUGUCAUUUAUUAUGUUGAUGUAGUGUUGUGUGAGUUGAUAUUAUUUUUUAUUAUAAUUCUAUGGUUACUUUUGUUUAGUAAUAUGUUUAAUAGCCUUAUAAAAAGAAACCUGACUGCCUCGUUGGCUGAGUGGUCGCAAGUGCGACUGCCGGGCAAGGAGUCUCGGGUUCGAUUCUGGCCGA